UGGGGCCUGAGGAGGCGUCGUCCCCUCAGGCUUCGCCUGGGGAGCGCGUCGGGGCGGUGCGCCGCCGGCAGCUCCGGGACCGCUUCGGGGACGCGGCGGAGCCGGGCUGGAUGUGACCUUCUCCUGCCUGGAGUAGCUCAAACUCUUAGAAGUUUCAGUGCACACCUGAGGUGGCAGUUUACAUAAAGAAAGCACUGGGACUGUGGCCACACCUUCAAGAAUAAAAAAAAAAAAUUAGAAAAUGGAACAACCAUGUAUGCUAUGUGAGGAAGAACAGGUGCCAGAACCACAGCAGAAUGCAGAAGAAACCAAACAAGUAGAUGAAGAUGCUGAGCUGAUCUUUGUUGGAGUGGAACAUGUAAAUGAUGAUGCUGAGCUGAUCUUUGUUGGAGUGACUUCAAAUUCAAAACCAGUUGUUUCAAACAUUUUGAAUAGAGUUACGCCAGGUUCAUGUUCAAGGAGAAAAAAGUAUGGUCACCUCAGAAAAGGUACUACUCACGAAUUGCAGCCAGUAAGUUAUGUGACCCCUGUAUCAGAAGCAGUGACCGACUUGCCAGUUUCUGAAUCUGAAUCAAGAUCAACAGAUAGUCCUAUUAUUAUUGAGCCUUUGUCUAAACCUGAUUAUAAAAAUAAUUCACCACAAGUCGUGCCUGAUAGCUCUUCAGAGUUAUGUUCUCCUUUGAUUACAUUCACAAGUUCAUUACAGCAUCCAGGAGGAGCAGCACUUUCUGUAGGAGGUAUGAAUAAAAGUACUUGCAUAUCAAAGCGACUUUCCACUGCUGAAGUAAAUGAUACAAAUCCCAAAAGGCCUAAGCUCAGUGAUGGAAUCAUAGGGGGACAUGCUUCAGCUUUGUCCCCUUCAGGUAACUUUCAUACAAUGACUACACAGCAAAGCACACUCUCAAACAAUGUUCAUACCUCAUUAAGCCAUGUUCAGAAUGGAGCACCUUUUCCAACAGCUUUUCCAAAGGACAGUGUUCAUUUCGAGCCUAUAAGCCCUGUUAAGGAAAACAAACUGACAGAAACAGACUUUUUGAGUCUAGCAAGUCAAAACCAGAUUGUUGAUUCCAAGAAAGGAAGUCUGGUCAUAUUACUUCAUGACUUUUAUUAUGGGCAGUAUAAAGGAGACAGUCAGCCAGAACAGAAGACUCACACAACCUUUAAAUGCCUCAGCUGCUUGAAAGUUCUAAAAAACGUCAAGUUUAUGAAUCACAUGAAGCACCAUUUGGAACUUGAGAAGCAGAGGGCUGACAGCUGGGAAAACCACACCACCUGCCAGCACUGCCAUCGACAGUUUCCCACUCCCUUCCAACUUCAAUGUCACAUUGAAAGUGUACACACUACCCAGGAGCCCUCUGCUGUCUGUAAAAUUUGUGAAUUGUCAUUCAAAACAGACCAGGUUCUCUUACAGCACAUGAAGGACAAUCAUAAGCCUGGUGAAAUGCCCUAUGUGUGCCAGGUUUGCAAUUACAGAUCGUCAGCCUUUGCUGAUGUGGAAAUGCAUUUCAGAACAUGUCAUGAAAACACUAAGAAUUUGCUCUGUCCAUUCUGUCUUAAGAUUUUCAAAACUGCAACACCAUACAUGUGUCAUUAUAGGGGACACUGGGAAAAGACUGUUCACCAGUGUUCCAAGUGCCGGCUACAGUUUUUAACUUUCAAGGAGAAAAUGGAGCAUAAGACCCAGUGUCAUCAAAUGUUUAAGAAACCUAAGCAACUAGAGGGAUUGCCCCCCGAAACAAAGGUUGUUAUUCAAGUGUCACUGGGACCUCUUCAACCAGGAUCAGUGGAAUUAGCAUCUGUUACUGUGAGCACAUCUGAUUCUGAACCAUCACCCCCCAGGUCUAAAAGUAGAAUUCCAAAAAAACCUCGUUAAUUCUAGUUUCAGUAAUUCUAAAGCAGGUAUUUCAAUCAAAGUCAAAAACUCCAUAGGAAACAAAAAAAUACAACCCAUACAUUAUUCAGUAUCAUCAAAAAUAGUGAAACCAAUGAGUCAUUUAUGAAUUUCUUUUUAAAUUUAUGAAAUACAGUAUUGUCUGAUCUGAAUUUUGAGAUGUUAUUUAAAAAUUUGUUACCUGUUUUUCAUGUAAUUGUAUCUGGCUUAAUACAUCAAAGGUGUUUUGUGUAUAUAUGUAUGUGAGAGAGAAAAAAGUGGAAACCUAUUUAUUAUUUUGAUAGUUCAUGUUUCUUGUAUGUUUGAAAGCUCUUAAGUUCUGUAUAUAGAAUCUGUAGAGUAUUUUAAGUACUUAAUAUGCUCUUCAACUUUUUCCAUGCCUUGAAGAUUUCAAUAUUAACUACAGUUAGACUGGAAUGGCUUUGUUACAUCAUCAUCCCAUUUGAGCUGAGCUGCUGAGCUCAGAAGUGUCUUGUGAUGGUCUGACUCUGAGAGCCUGAGUGUGGAGAAGUUGAGGGACAAAGUGUGGCAUGAAUGGGCACCAGAAACUGGGAGGUUAAUCAGUAGAGAGCAGUGGCUUCUUAUCUUGGUUUAAGGUGCACACGCACAAAUACACACACGUACACACAUUCACUCUAGUCUCGGAGCCAAGGCAGAGGGAACACUGUCUCAAAGUGUCUUUUCCUAGCACUAGAACAUCCAAAGAAGCAAAACCAUUAAAAUAAAAUGCCUGUAUUUGGCAAGGGACCCCUGCAGACAUGAAACAAUCACUGUAUCAUUGGCUUCAGCUGGAAAGGCAGGGGUAAUGACUAGAGUGGGGCUUAGUGCCAGUGGACCUCCUGUUGAGUGAUCCAAAGAGGAAUUCAGCUUGUUCCCUUCCCUCUCCCUUCUGGCUGGCUUUUGGUCAGAAUGAACUAGGCAUAUACCUCUCAGCCACAGUAGUAAGGCAAGUAAAAUUUCUCAAGAGAAAGAAGCCUUGACAUCCAUACUUUGAACUGCACUGGACCCAUAGUUUAAACUGAAAAGGGCCAAACAAAUGGUAUCUAUCCAGUUCAAGGACUGGGCUAAAUUUAGCUCUCUUAUUGCUAAGCUGGAAUGGGGGUUGUCCAAAAAUAGUAGGUACAGUGUAUAAAAGCAGCCCAUGGUGACUGAGUAAAAUUAAGCCCAUUAUAGGGCUUUUCCUUAUACUUUUCCGUGUACAUGUAUGAACAUGUGAAAUUUUCAUGCGCAGUUGAACAUGUGAAAUUUUCAAUUUCAUAUCUUGCUUUGGACAUGAAUGUAUUACAGUUAACAGUUAUUCUCUGUUGUGUGUAUAGUUUCCCUCAUGAAACUAGUUGAGUUUAGGUUUUUCCUUGACACACUCUGAUGUGAAAGAAAUGCCCCAUUUAUUUCAUUAGGUAUUAGGUCUUAGAGUUAUCUAAUUUAUCCAGCUGUCUAAUUCUUAGCUAUACCGUGGGGGCAUCUUUUCCCCUUGCUAUUUCCAAGGACUCACAUUACUAGAGUGCCCUCUGAGUAUUGGUUCCUGAACAUUACCCUUGGCUGCCUCUGUGGAUUCCCAGGAUUGAGUCUCCCUGGGUAUUUUCUAGUGCCAUCCCUUCUUUCUCCACCUUGAUUCAAGUAUCUAGAAGCCUCUGUACAUAAGGAACCUGGGAUGCUACCUAUAGACCUGAGCAAGGAGAGAUGUCUACUAUUUUCCCUCGCUUUCUCCUCCUCUUUAAAGGCAUCUUCUGUCUCCCCACUUCUUUCUUCCGUCUUCAAUUUUGUUAAAUUCCCUGAGCUUUCACAGAAAACUGGGAAGUGAUAGUCAUCAGCAGCUUAGCAUCCCUUCUAGAAUUGGGAAGGACAGAUAACAAAGUAGUUGUGAGUGUAUUGUUCAUACUUUAAAGAAUUUCUUGAGUGUAGAUUCUGUUGUAUUUGCUCAAUGCUUGUUCAAAAUUGCACUUUGAACAUUUUACUAGGCUUUUUUAUUUAAUUUGCUUGGGCCAAGGCACUUUGUUAAUAUUUUAAUAUUUUAGCCUGAACCUUUUUCUUUAGGUGGAGAGAGAGUAUGUGUGUGCAUUUGGGUGAAUCAAUUGUGUGUGUGUGUGUGUGUGUAUGUGUAUGUGCACACUUGUUUUAGUCUCAGGUGGAAACUUGUGUAUAGAUAGAUGUGCAGACUUUUGCAUACUUAUCUCCCUUACUCUGUUCCUAUAACAGAAAUUGUUUUACAAAGCAGUAAAAAUAUGAAGUAUUUUAGUUCUUUUUGUGGUUGCUUGCUAUUAUCAACACUGUUAACUGUUAUUUGCUAUUUAACUAUAGUAUGACCCUAAGGAAUACAAAUUGUUAUUUAUUGCCAACUACAGAUUCUGGUGAUAAGGUCCCUAUCUACCUCCUCUCGCUUUUCCAUUCUCUGCCAUGCUACUCUACCAUUUUCCCAACUGGUGCACUAUUUUUGACACAUUGGCCUUGCUUUUCUUUAAGCAAAUCACAUUUCCUGUUCCAAAGACUCUGUAACUGCUCUUCUCUUAGAAUGUUUUUCUCCUUGGCCUGCAUGGCUUGCUACCUCGCUUAAUUGUUUGACACUUCCUUUGGUUUAUUGAGCUUCACCAAUGUUCUUAAAAGAUACUGACAAUGAAUCUCCCCCACCUUUUUACUCCUCCCCCUUUUAAAGGCACUUUAAGCCUCCCCACUCCUUUUUUCCUCUCCAAUCCGGUUAAAUUUCCUAGGUUUUCACAAAAAGCUAGGAAGAGAUAAUCAUUAAAAGCUUUGGUUCUCUUAGAAUUGGGCUAGCUUGAGUCAAUUUCUGUGCCUGUAACCAAAAGAAACUGAAUAUAGUGAGUUGAGUUCUUUCAGGAGCUUUCUCUGUUUUUCUAUUGAUACCUCUAUAUUUUUUUAAGGCAAUGUCACUUUGUUUUGUUUACAAAUAUAUUGAAUAUCUGUCAAGAUUACUAUUUUGUUAUUGCCCUUUGUGAAUUUCCAUGUCUAUUUUGCUUGCUUGUUUUCAGAUAAAAUUUAUUAUUUUGUUAAU